AUGUGUCUGUUCCCCACUAUAAUCAGUAAACAUCCCUCUCCUUCCCAUGUGAUCUUCUCCACGUGAUCAUCAUGCACUAAUCACACCCUUACAACACACUCAAUCAUAUCUUUCAUGCGUACAUACACUGCAUGUUAUUGCUACCUUUUCUUUGAUAAGAUUUUGGUGCUUUCUUGUCCCUUAUUUUCAACUUAGAUAAGAUUGUGAUUGUCUAUACUAAUUAUUAUUUCAUAAUAUAUCUUCCUUAUCUUAGUUCUCAAGUUCAAAGAUUAGGUUUGCAUCACUUUGCAGUUAGUUCUUUAUUGUUUAUGAUUGUGCUUGUGCCUCCUUUAUUAUGAUUAUUCUUUAGUUAAUUAUGUUCUUUUUAAUUUGAUGCCUUCAAACUUGUGAAAGGGACACGUGGGCUGAGUAGGUUUUGGUUUUGAUACCUUCCAGAUAGCAAAGUAGUAUGCAAGUUGGGCAUCAAGAUAAGCUAUAAGUACUUGUUAGGUCUAUUUUUAGCAGUGAAAUUUGAGGUUCUUAUUCUGUUCUGUUAUAGAUAUGUUCUUAACUUUUUUGAUAAAAUUUCAGAUCCAACCUUUGUAGCCAAUUUUUAGUGUAUCAAUCUUUAUUCUUCAGAUAUUUUAUGUUAGAGAGAAACCAUUUUUGAACUUUUGAGGUGAAGUUUAGAGCUUUGAUCUUGCAAUAAUUUUUUUGAAGCUUAGAUAGAAUAUGCGCAGCAAUAGAACCAUUGUUUGGUUUAGAAGGGACCUUAGAAUUGAGGACAAUCCAGCACUAGCUGCUGCUGCUAGGGAUGGUUCUGUAUUCCCUGUGUUUAUAUGGUGUCCUAAAGAGGAAGGACAAUUUUAUCCAGGAAGAGUUUCAAGGUGGUGGCUGAAGCAGUCUUUAGUUCACUUGGAUCAGUCCUUGAAAUCACUUGGUUCGAGACUCGUGUUGAUCAGAACUGAGAGUACUCUCAAUGCUCUCUUGGAUUGUAUAAAUGCUAUUCAAGCUACAAAAGUUGUGUUUAACCAUCUCUAUGAUCCUGUUUCACUUGUUCGAGACCACAACAUCAAAGAAAAGCUAGUGGAACUUGGCUUAUCUGUGAAAAGCUAUAAUGGGGAUCUGUUGUAUGAGCCUUGGGAAGUAUAUGAUGAGAAGGGACAUGCUUUUACAACCUUCGAUCCUUUUUGGCAGAGAUGCUUGCACAAGCAAAUGGAACCUGUUUCGCUUAUUCCUCCUUGGCAAUUAAUUCCUGCUGAAGGAAAUGUCGAGAAAUGUUCAAUAGAGGAUUUAGGUCUUGAAAAUGAAUUAGAGAAACCAAGCAACGCGUUACUAGGACGAGCAUGGUCUCCAGGUUGGAGCAAUGCUGACAAGGCUUUGACAGAAUUUAUGGACAAGCAGCUACUUCACUACUCCAAGAAUAAGCAAAAGGUUGGUGGAGACUCCACCUCGCUGUUAUCCCCGUAUCUCCAUUUCGGAGAGUUGAGUGUGAGGAAAGUUUUUCAAAUGGCUCGCAUAAAGCAGAUAUUGUGGGGAAACGAAGGCAACAGUGUUGGAGAAGAAAGUGUAGCUCUUUUCCUUAGAGCAAUUGGACUAAGAGAGUACUCGCGUUAUCUUUGUUUCAACUUUCCGUUCACUCACGAGAGAGCACUUCUUGGACACUUGAGUUUUUUCCCUUGGAAUGCUGACCCGUCUAACUUUAAGACUUGGAGACAAGGUAGGACUGGCUACCCUUUGGUUGAUGCAGGAAUGCGAGAACUUUGGGCUACAGGAUGGAUGCAUAACCGAAUCAGAGUUAUAGUUUCAAGUUUUGCUGUGAAAAUGUUGCUUCUACCUUGGAAAUGGGGAAUGAAGUAUUUCUGGGACACACUUUUAGAUGCAGACCUUGAAUGUGAUAUCCUCGGCUGGCAGUAUAUCUCAGGAGGCUUACCAGACGGUCACGAGCUUGAGCGCUUGGAUGAUCCUGAGAUUUUAGGAUCUAGGUUUGAUCCAGAAGGAGAAUAUGUAAGGCAAUGGCUACCUGAGUUGGCGAGAAUGCCAACUGAGUGGAUCCAUCAUCCUUGGAAUGCACCACUUAGUGUGCUUAGAGCAUCAGGAGUCGAGUUAGGUCAAAACUAUCCGAAUCCAAUAAUUGAUAUAGAUAUGGCCAGAGAAAAUCUGACUCAAGCCAUAUUCAAGAUGUGGGAAAUUCAAGCAGCAUCAAAAGCUUCUGGCUCUGAAGCAAGGGAUGAAGUUGUUGCGGAAAGUGAAUAUCUAGACAUUCCAAAAGUUGUCCUCCUUAAGGACAAGGCUCCAUGUGCUACUAUUUCAGCUAAUGAUCAGAAAGUGCCAGCAUUUCAGGAUCCUAAGAAUGAACUACCUAUUAGGAAGAGAACAAAAUGUUUUGAAGAGAAGAGAAAGAACAAGGAAAAUUCGGUGAAUCAUGUGAAAGAUAGUAAUGUUUCAAGCUCUGACCAUGAAGACACUUGCUCUACAGCUGACUCUUCACGUAAGAAGCAGUGUAGUACAAGCACCUAUUCAUUUUCUGUUCCACAACAAUGUUCCUCAUCUUCAAAUCUAAAAUGGCCAUGGCAAGAACAGACUGACAUGGAGCAAAGCUCAGGGAAAGAUGGGGCGACAUGAGGUUAUGAUGUCCUUAUUUAUAAAUCCAGUAGCAGCUGCAGUGCUCCUGGGAAGAAAAUGGUGCCAUAAAUGAACUGUUUUCUGUGGCUAUAUUCUCAAUAAAAUGGUUUGAAAUCUAAUUGAAACAAUAGCCAACAUUGUAUAUUAUUUACUUGUCCGAAUGAGAAGUCCAUAAACAUUUUGAUAGUCUUGUAUACAAACUUCGUAAACUAAUCUAGUAGACAAUAAGUUAUUCUCACUAGGCAUAA